AAUCCUGAUCAGAUUGCUCUGUGUAUCUUGGGAGGAACGCCUGUGCUGAGAAACAGACGCUGUUUAGCUGAGGAGAUACUGGUUUUGACAUUGGCAAGUACUGGGAGUUAUGCAUGGAGGAUGAUUCAAGGCAUUAUUCCUCCUCACUCUCCUGUAAGUGAGCAACUUUGCAUCAAUGGUAUUUUGUAUUAUCUAGCUUUUAUUGGCACAAACCUAAAUGAGUCUGCAGUCAUGAGUUUCGAUGUUAGGUCUGAAAAACUUCAUCUUAUCGAAGAACCUUGCACCUUUCGUGGCUUUUCAAAGUUGACCAACUACGAGGGAAAGCUGGCUCUUAUCUUCUUUGAAAAGAAAAUCAGUGGAAUCAUUGGUUUGUGGGUUCUAGAAAAUGCUUCUAAUAAGGAAUGGUCCAAGAAGACUUUUGUUUUGCCUAAUUUAGUUGCCUCCACAACAGACCCUCAUUUUCAUAGGUUUCAGAAUUUUAGCACCACCGACGCUGACAACGGUGAGAUUAUAUUUACACCGACGUAUAUGCAUUCAUCCCUACCAAGUGUUGUCUACUAUGAUAUGAAGAAAGAUAGUAUGAGAACUUUUGAAAUACAAGGGAAAAAAACAGAGCAGUGUGUACGUUUUCUUGCAGACUCUGUCUCCUCUGCUCAAAUUGAGAAUCUCAUGUUUCUGUAAGAUUAGUUAUCCGUGCUCCUCGCUUCAUUCAGUUUCCCAUCCCGUUUGUCUUCAACCUGUUGUAGUUAUGUUCUAACUGGUUUGCUUUGAGA